CGUGUCCCGAUAUUUGACCUGGGUGAUCUGGUCACCCUAGGUGGCUGUCUGGGGAGGUAAUGAACUAACUGGGUUUCUUCCCAGCAUGGCAGAGUCAUAGAAUCAUAGCGUCUGUCUGCAGGGAGAGAGCCUGGGGGGAAUUGGGGAAUGAUAUGGAUUCCAGCCCCUUCUGUAACCUCCCCAUCGCCCCUCUUGCCCUGACAGGCUGAGGAAUCGCGUCCACAUUUCGCUCCAGAUCGGCCUGUCUUCCAGAAGACAGGGAAGGGAAAUGUCUGUGAUGGAGCCACCUCAGAUGCCGGUGACCUUCGAGGAUGUGGCUGUAUAUUUCACCCAAGGGCAGGGGGCUCUGCUGGACCCCGCUCAGAGAGCCCUCUACAGGGAUGUCAUGUGGGAGAACUACGAGACGGUGACCUCGCUGGGAUUCCCCCUUCUCAAACCUGACCUGAUCACCCGGCUGGAACAAGGGGAAGAGCCAUGGGUGCCCAAUCUCCAGGCCUGCGAGGAAAGAGAGAUCCCGAGAGGCGCCCACACAGCAGGUGACGAGAGAGUGAGUGAGAACAAGGAGGGGAAUCAACAGAAGGAAGUUCCUGGGCACGGGGAAUUAAAGGGGACCUCCAUGGGAAGACCCCAUAAGUGCUUAGACUGUGGAAAAAGGUUCAUACGGAGAUCACACCUUGUUUUACAUCAGCGAAUCCACACAGGGGAGAGACCCCACAAGUGCUUAAUCUGUGGGAAAAGUUUCAUACAGAGGUCAACCCUACUUAAUCAUCAGGCAAUCCACACUGGAGAGAGACCUCAUAAGUGCUCAGACUGUGGAAAAAGUUUCACACAAAGAUCAAAUCUUAUGGCACAUCAGGCAAUCCACACAAGAGAGAGACCCCACAAGUGCUUAGACUGUGGAAAAAGUUUCAUACAGAGGUCACACCUUGUUGUACAUCAGGCAAUCCACACAAGAGAAAGACCCCACAAGUGCUUAGACUGUGGAAAAAGUUUCAUACAGAGGUCACACCUUGUUGUACAUCAGGCAAUCCACACAAGAGAGAGACCCCACAAGUGCUUAGACUGUGGAAAAAGUUUCAUACGGAGAUCACACCUUGUUUUACAUCAGCGAAUCCACACAGGAGAGAGACCCCAAAAGUGCUUAAUCUGUGGGAAAGGUUUCAUACAGAGGUCAGACCUUGUUAAACAUGAAGCAGUCCACACUGGAAAGAGACCCCAUAAGUGCUUAGACUGUGGAAAAAGUUUCAUACAAAGGUCAACCCUACUUAAUCAUCAGGCAAUCCACACUGGAGAGAGACCUCAUAAGUGCUUAGACUGUGGAAAAAGUUUCAUAGAGAGGUCAACCCUAUUUAAUUAUCAGGCAAUCCACACUGGAGAGAGACCGCAUAAGUGCUUAGACUGUAGAAAAAGUUUCAUACGGAGAUCAACCCUACUUAAUCAUCAGGCAAUCCACACUGGUGAGAGACCUCAUAAGUGCUUAAUGUGUGGGAAAAGUUUCAUACGGAGGUCAACCCUACUUAAUCAUCAGGCAAUCCACACAGGAGAGAGACCCCACAAGUGCUUAGACUGUGGAAAAAGUUUCAUACAGAGGACACACCUUGUUGUACAUCAGGCAAUCCACACUGGAGAGAGACCCCAUAAGUGCUUAGACUGUGGAAAAAGUUUCACACAGAGGUCACACCUUGUUAGACAUCAGGCAAUCCAUACAAGAGAGAGACAAUAAGACAAUAAAACUCUGGGAAAGGUUUCAGAAACAGAUCAGCCCUUCUAAACAUGAGGCAAUCCACACACAGGAGAGAGACCCCACAAGUGCUUGGACUGUGGGAAAAGUUUCAUAAGAAGGUCAGACCUUGUUAAACAUCAGGCAUUACACACAGGAGAAAGACCCCACAAGUGCUUGGACUGUGGGAAAAGUUUCAUAAAAAGGUCACACCUAGUUCGCCAUCAGGCAUUACACACAGGAGAGAGACCCCACAGCUGCUUAGACUGUUGGAAAAGUUUUUUACAAAGAUCAAACCUUGUUCAACAUCAGGCAAUCCACACAGGAGAGAGACCCCACAAGUGCUUAGACUGUGGAAAAAGUUUCAUACGGAGGUCAACCCUACUUGAUCAUCAGGCAAUCCACACUGGAGAGAGACCCCAUAAGUGCUUAAUCUGUGGGAAAAUUUUCAUAUGGAGGUUAGACCUUGUUAAACAUCAAGCAAUCCACACAGGAGAGAAAUCCCAUAAAUGUUUGGACUGUGGGAAAAGAUUCACACAAAGAUCAAAUCUUAUGGCACAUCAGGCAAUCCACACAGGAGAGAGACCCCACAAGUGGUUAGACUGUGGAAAAGGUUUCAAACAGAGGUCAAACCUUCUUAAACAUCAGGCAAUCCACACCGGAGAGAGACCACAUCAGUGUUUAGACUGUGGAAAAAGUUUCAUUUACAGGUCACACCUUGUUGAACAUCAGCUAAUCCACACAGGAGAGAGAUCCCAUAAGUGCUUAGGCUGUAGUGAAAGUUUCAUAUAGAGCUCAGCCCAUGUUUUACAUCAGAGAAUCCACACAGGAUACCCCAUAAGUGCUUGGACUAUGGAGAAUGUUUCAUACUGUGGUCAAGGCUCCUUAAUUAUCAGGCAAUCCACAAAAGAGGGAGACUCCAUAAGUGCUUGGACCGUGGGAAAGGUUUCAGAAACACCUCAGCCCUUCAGAACAUCAGCCAAUCCACACAGGAGAGAGUUCCCAUAACUGCUUAGACUGUGAGAAAAGUUUCAUACAGCGGUCAGACCUUGUUAAACAUCAGGCUAUCCACACUGAAGAGAGACCCCAUGAGUGCUUAGAUUGUGGGAAACAUUUCAGAAACUGAUCAGUCCUUGUUUUACAUCAGAGAAUCCACAAGACUCCAUAAGUGCUUGGACUGAGCAAAAGUUGUACACAGAGAUCACACCUCAUUAAACAUUGGCGAAUUCACACAUGAUCUAAACUUCUGUGGCACCUGGCCUGAAAGAGUUAAGAACCUUGCAGGCUAAUUGACCCACCUUCAACCUUUAGAGACAUGUUAGAAAAGUGUGUAAAUGGUAUUUGGGGCCAUUCCAAGUAAUAUAGACUAGAAAUUUGAAAUGUAACCUGGUAUUGUUAAGAAAUUGGAAGAAGAUAGUAGUGCUGUUCAUUAAUUGCAAUUAAUUCAUCGUAGUUAGAAAAAUUAAUCUCGAUGAAUCACAUUGUUAAACAAUAGAAUAGCAUUUGAAAUUUGUUAAAUGUUUUUGGAUGUUUUUCUACGUUUUCAUAUAUAUUGAUUUCUAUCACAACAAAGAAUAGAAAGUGU